CCAUGGCGGCGGCGUGCAUUACUCACUGUUGUCCUUGUGACAACCAUACCUGCUAAUUCCAGGCCUUUUUGCAGUUCUCCACAGGUAGUCCUUGGCUCUUCUGAUUAUUCUUUGCACUCCUCUGUCAGAAAUCUUGCGAGGAGCACCUGAUCGAGGCAAAUUUAUGGUGGUAUGAUUGGCUUUCUGCUUACGUAUUAUGGCCCCAAGCGUGCUCACUGGAACGUUCAGAAGCUUGGAUCUGCGGCUUUUAACCAAGUCCAUCGUUAUGUUUUGCAACAAUUAGUUUGCAAUGGUCUCGAGACAGCUCUUCGCUCUUACCCAUCAUGAGAUGCGUCUUGACUCACACCUUGGCCAAUGAGACCUUUUUUUUGUCGGCCAUCAAUUAGAACUGAACCAGCUGAUAUCCAUUGGCAAUCACCAGUGGCUGGAUUGCUGUUCGGUUAUUGACAGAUUUUAGGUGUUGCCUUGGCUUUCCAUUUUGCCACCUCCCUUCACGAUGGAACGCAUUUCCCCCCAUUUUUACGCACAACUUAAUUUCAGAUCUUAUUUGCUCUAUGGCAUCCCAACAUCUUGCGAAAAUGUCCUGUCAAUAGCACCGACAACGGUGACGAGUUAAAUACUUAUUUCAACCUUGAGCAAGGUCAGACAUCUUCACGCGAUUGCAGCUAAUCAGCGCUGACAAUCAGUGAUGACAACAAAACCCCUCGAGUGCUUCAACCAAGGGGCCACUCAAUCGUGUUUGUUUGUUUGUUGUUGUUUUCUCUCUCUCCGCUGUGCCCCAAAUGAAAUCCUUGAGUGGCGACCGCGUGACGAGCAGGAGGUGAUUUUCCAGGAUGUGCACAAAAAUGGUUCGAGAGGCGAAGUCGUUCUGCAGCAAUGACGGACGUGCUCGUUUCCAGGAACGACACCGAGACCAAGCCCGAUGUGCUGCUCGCCGUCUCCCAAUGCACGGUCCUGGUCUUCGCCCUCGUCCUGGGCCUACCCGGGAACGUGUGGGUGUGUUGGGUCGUGUUCCGAACCAAGAGCCUCCGGACGAGCGACAACGCGCUCCUGGUCAGCUUGGCCGCCAGCGACCUGCUGAAGUGCUCCGUGGACGCGCCGCUCUUGCUCGCCUCCUUCCUGCAGCGCGCGCGUGGCGAGCGGCUGCCGGCGUCCGCGUGCGCCUCGCAGCACUUGACGUGGGCCUCGUGCGGCUGCGUGCAGCUGCUGACGCUGGCCGGCAUCAGCGUGGAGCGCUACCAGGCCGUCGCCUUUCCGUUCCGAACGCGGCGGAGGAGAGCCCGGGUUCGCCUGUGGAUCGUCUUCAUCUGGCUUUGCGGCCCCGCCUCGGCUCUCCUUUCGCUGACCCUCUCCGAGCGGCCCCUCUUCUACGCGCUGUGCCGGCCCGCCGCCUCUUACGGCCACGCUUGGCCGCGCCACCCGGAUCCGUUCGGCCCUUACGUUUUGGUGCCCGUGUGGGUCUCGUCCCUGACCGUCAUCGUCAUUCACUACGGGCGAAUCGUCGCCAUUGUGAGGAAGCACCGAAAGAAGGCGUUCAAUCGCGGCAUUCGGGUGAUGCCCGCGGUGUCCCGGCACGCGUGGAGGUGGUCAGGCGACUCCUCGGGCCGUUUCGCCGGACGAGCCCGCGGGGCGACUCCGGAGAUCGCGGGAGCGGUGUGUCUGCUGACGCCGGGCGCCCGAGAGCGGGGCAAGAAGCGGAUGGAGGGCAAACUGGCCAAACGCUUCGGCUACAUGAUCGUCGCCUUCGCGCUUUGUUGGCUUCCCAUGGUGCUUAUUUUGAUCAUCAAACACCUCGUCGCACGGCCGGACGCCGACGGAUUGCUGCUGGAGAUGGAGACCUCAGCGAUGGUGCUCACUUGCGUGCAAGCUGCCCUGGAUCCACUCAUCUACACUUUGGUCACCAGACAGUUUCGCUUUGAACUCAGCAAGAUGUUCUUGUCUAUCCGAAGGUGUCCACUGAAUUUGGGAUCCUGAAAUUCCGCCGCACGACAAACGCCCUGAUCACAAAUACACACAGAAUGCGAUGAACGAGGCCGGGAAAAAGUCCACAGACUUGGCAUAUGUGGCAGAUAUAGAUGUUUUAUCAGG